GCUACUGUCUUUGACUUUCAGGUUGCUUGGCAGUCGGACAAGAUUCACAUUCAUGUUUGCUUCGAGAAAGGCAGCGUGCUCUUCCUGCAGUCAUCAUUGCAAAGAGGACCGGCCAGGGUCGCAGAAUUGUUUGGUGGAAUUUCCGGAUGGUCACAUGCCAUGCAUGAGUGCAACGUGACACCAGUUGCCAUUGUGGAAAAAGAUCACAGAACUGCCCAGGUUUGUGCAGAGACGUGGAAAUGUGAGGUCAUUAGUCCAACUGUGUUCCUGCAGAGAGCUCUCAGCGGGGACUUGAUGUCUCCUAUCGUGGUGGAAGGGUCAGCUGUGGAUCCGACCGUUUGGAUGGCAUUUGGGAUUUUGAACGUCACGACAGUGCUUGCAUCACCUCCAUGUCCUCCUUGGUCAAGUGCUGGUGUGGAAAAAGGUUUGAAAUCAGAAGAUGGGAAGGUGUUGUCCGAUUUGUUGCUCAAAGCCGGGCAUUUUCAUCUCACUGCCUUGUUGAUUGAGAACGUACCAGGGAUUGUGAGCCAUGCUGACUACCAAGUCUUGUUGGCCAAUGCCGCACUUCAUGGUAUGCAGUUGAUUCUUGCUGGUGUACAUAACAUUAGCCGAUGCCUGCCGGUGUACAGAGACCGUUGGCUUGCCACCUUUGUACAUAGCUCCGUACCGCUUGCCGAUUUCGAUGUACAGGCAGCUGCCAGAUUGUCUCUUGCAUCCGAGGGUUUUUCCUUGCCUGGUCCCAGCCUUGUUGCAUCCGAUUGCAUCCUUCCUGCAAAUGCAUCCGGCCGUGACCACCUGAUUCCGUCCCAUGAAGUCUUAGCCAUGUUGAGUCGUAGUGACAUGAUUCCCAAGUGGAUGGCUGAUAAGAUCAAUUGGAAGGAAAGCAAUGCAGUCCUGAAGGCAAGGAUCAUCUGCAAAGAUCAAAAGCUUUCAGGCAUCAUGGCACGAUAUGGCAGCCAACACUUGUUGCCUUUAGAGCAUUUGAAGUCCAAGGGGUUGCAAACUGUUUUGUUCAACGAUGAGGGUGUUAUCAGAUAUUUUUGCCCAUGGGAGAUCCUUGCUGCGUUGGGAUUUCCAAGCAGAACUGUGAUUUCAUCCGAUCUUGCAUUUGCUUUUCAGUUGACAGGUAAUGCCAUUAGUCCUGUACAUGCUUGGAUUCAAAUUGCACGCACACACAAAGCACUGGGCUUGUUGUCGCCAUUUCCACAUGACCUCGACGUUUCCAAGGCAUUGAAAGUGAUUUUGGAAAAAGCUGCCAAGCUGUCCGCAUUCACAUGUGUCAACCAUGACCAAUUUGCUGUACUUGAACUGGCAGUUCAGGAGGUUGAUGAGAUUGAGGCGACUGAUCCUCAAGUCAAACGUGCAAGGAAGGCUGCAGUUGGAGGUGAGGUGACCCCCACAGUAGCUUUUGAUAUCGAGGCAUCGGAAUCAGAGAUGGACUUCACACGCCAUUUGAAGCAAGAACCAAAGUUCCAUGUUGGCAAGAUGGAUGGUGCUGCCAUGCAAUCGUUUUGUCAUGAGGUUGCAUGGCAUGACAUGAUCACAUGUGCCCCACCUGCCACGGUGGUGUUUGCGCCCAAGACAUUUACAGUCACUUGCCGCAUGGAGGAUGGUACGUGCAUUUGCAUGAAUGCUGAUGUGACAUGGACGGUGAAAACUGUGGUUGCUUUCCUGGCUGGGAAAGUGGGUUUCCAAGCAGAAAUCAUUUCCUUGGCAUUCAAUGACCUUGACAUGAAGGAUUGUGACUACGUUGCUGAGUUUCCGUCGUGGACGUUCCAUGUUCGAUUGAAUGCAUGCCUGCCGGGAUAUGUGAAGUUUGCACCGGUUGAAAUCAAGGUGCAGGAAAAAGGCAUGAUCCCUGCACACUAUGGAUGUAUGAGAUUUGUUGCGAAGCACCCUGCCUUGAAAAUCAUCCGCACUGCAUGUGUGCCAAAGUCAGCAUCCAUUUCUUCUGUACUUCGUGUUUUGUUUCCAGAUUUGUGCAGCACGGUGUCAUGGACUGUUCACAUUGAUGGUGUUCCUGUUGACGCAGAGAUGGGAGUGAAGAACAACAUGUGUUUUGAAGUGGAAUGGGAUUGCUUUAAGCCAUUGGAACCCACGAGCAUUUUUGCUGCCAGAUUUGACCUUCCAAUUGAUGCCCCACAGUUGCAGGUGAAGUUUCAUGACAAACCUGACCGAUGGAUCAGAUCACCCUUGCGUUCCAAAGCACAGAUACUGAGGACUGAUGAAGACGCCAUGUUGAUGCAGCUUGCCAUUUCCUUCAUUUCCCAUGCACAGUUGGAUUUAUCCAUCGCCUGCCACCUUGGAAGCAAGCUCGUUGACCCAAAGAUUGCAUUGAAAGAUGUGCCAGUGAGUGACGUGAUUUGUUUCAAGAUCGCUCCACUUGUGGGUGGAGCAAAGAAGAAUGGAGACGCCAUCAAACAACGAGUCUGCAAGGCACUUGAGGAACAUGGGGUCGCGAAAGAAACAUGCAAUGACAGAACUGCAGCUUUUUUCCAGAAGGCCGACAUUGAAACACUUGCCAAAGCAGAUGAUCGCAAGGACGAUGAUUUUUGGAAUGCUGUGAAAGAUGAAGCAAACAGGAAUGAAAUGAAGUCCAUACGUAAGGACAACCGUAGGAAGCCACCCAGCCGAGACAACAAACGUUCCCAGCAUGGUCCCAAACGUGAUGAGUUUGUUGCAAACGCUUCCAACAUUGUGAUCGAUAUGAAACACUUCAAAGCAGAUGAUGAAGAUGUUGAAAGAUUGGAUGCAUCCAGAUUUGGUCCCGACCAGACAGGUGUUGCCAUCAUGGAAUUGACAGAAGCUGACAGACAUGUGGUUGGCCAUUCCAUCUCUGUUGCACCAUUGGCCAUUUUGAUUGUUGGGAAACGCUUUGGACCCAAUGAUGAACCUUUCACAAUGCCAGCGCACACAGUUAGUGGUUUGCCUAUCAUCAUUCAUGCUGCACUGCGCCAGUUUGGAGACAGGAACAUCGACUUCAAAGCGGCGGUGCCUGUGUCCCAGGUUGACACGGCUGCAUCAACUGUCAUUGAGCUUCACAUCCUUCGGAAAGAGGUUGGAGCAUGGAAAGAAUGCAACGUGCCUUUGCAUUACCUGGGUGUCCAUAUUUCUGCUGUUAGGGGUUCUAGUCUGAUUGCCACAUGGUCCAUGAAAACGUGGUCAGAAGACAGGAAACCUGUUCCCUUCAUGGAAGCUGCGUACUGGCAUGGUUUCAUCCGAGUUCCCGAUGAGAUUUUGGAUCAGGUCCUUGUCAGAUCAGGACAUGCUGGAAUCUAUGUGUCACCCAAAGAUGGCAGCAAGAGACAUGAUGAAAGAUUUGCAGCCAUUGCCAUGCCUGACCUUAAUUUAAUGGAAAUUCAGAAGAAAGCCGCCAUGCACGACAAGGCAUUGGGCAUUGUGAAGUUGAGGGAUCAAUUUGCCAUCCGAUGCCGUAGGGAGCAUUCGUCCUGCCUCCGUGCCAGUUUGUUACCUGAAUCUGCAUUUGUAGCAUCCGAAGGUGUAGGUGCUGAUGACACAAUUUGGGUUUUGAAGAACAUGCCAUUGGAAGUGGGGAAAGAUGGUCUCCAAUCAGCUCUACUGCAGUCUGGUUGGGAUGCUGUGCCUAUUCGUGCCCAGGGUCCGAACAGAUGGCUUGUAGCUGCGAAACAGGAACCGGAGUCAAAGCAUUUUUGCAUCAAUGGAUCUUAUGUUCUUGUGGAGCCCAUCAAACGUCAGCGUGAAAACCAUGCUGUGACCAUCACAGCCAAGCAGGUCAAAGUUGACACCACGAUCACUGCCACACCUGGGGCCAUGCAAGUGGCGACAUCGACACGGAUUCAGGAGGUGAAGGCUGAGAUAUCCGACCAUAUGGAGAUGAAGAUGCAAGCAGCGAACCAGCGCAUAGAGCAACUUUCAUGUGCACUGGAAAGAUUGCAGGCAGAGCCGUGCAGACAGGAAACAGAGGUUAAAGGUGAAUUCACUGCCAUCAAGAAUGAACAAGCCUUUGCAAGACAAAAGAUUGGCGAAGUUGAAGCAUCAGUUGUGCAGUCAGGACAAACAGUCAUCCAGACCAUGCAGCAGAUGAUGACCAAUCUGGAGGCUAACAUGAAGCAGUGGAUGGUUAAAAAUGAUUCAUGUGACGCAAAGAGACAACGGGCUGAGGAGACACCACGCAAUGACAGUUUCUCCAUCAAGUCUUGA